AUGGCCGCAACAAUCUCGUCUCACUCUCUAUCUGGCAUCAAAUCCACACCUGCCGCGAAGCAAACCCAGCUUCAACGCCAACUUCAAACAGCAAGCAGAGUUUCGCUAGCUCCUGUCUCUAUCUCAGCUCCGCGAUUCGCGGCGGGAUUUCAGGGACGAUGGAGCGCAUCCGGCGGCGCGACGACCCGAGCUUUGGCGGUCGACGCGCAACUCGAGGGAGCGGCAGCGCCGGCUGCGGAGGCGACGGAGCGGCCUGUGAUGCUUGAAGUGAAGGGCCUGAAAGCCGUUAUUGCUGAAUCCGGAAAAGAAAUUCUUCAUGGCGUCGACCUCUGCAUUCGCGAAGGCGAGGUGCACGCCAUCAUGGGGAAGAACGGCUCUGGAAAGAGCACUCUCUCUAAGGUGCUGGUGGGCCACCCCGACUACGAGAUCACGGGUGGGAGUGUGACGUACCGCGGGGAGGAUCUUUUGGAGCUGGAGCCGGAGGAGCGCAGCCACGCGGGCGUGUUUCUGUCCUUCCAGUCGCCUGUUGAGCUGCCCGGAGUCAACAACGUCGACUUCCUGCGCCUCUCGUGCAACGCGCGCCGGGCAGCUAAAGGGCUGCCCGAAAUGGAACCUCUCGAGUUCUACGGCUUCCUCAGCCCCAAACUCGAGGAGCUGAACAUGGACCUCAAGUACCUGCAGCGCAACGUGAACGAGGGCUUCAGCGGCGGCGAGAAGAAGCGCAACGAGAUCCUGCAGCUCGCCGUGCUGGACGCUGAGCUGGCCAUCCUGGAUGAGAUCGACUCGGGGCUGGACGUGGACGCGCUGAGGGAUGUUGCUACGGCUGUGAACUCCCUGAAGCGGCCGGACAAAGCCGUGCUGAUGAUCACCCACUACCAGCGGCUGUUGGAUUACAUUCGCCCCGACUACAUUCACAUCAUGGAGCAAGGCCGCAUCGUGCUGACUGGCGAUGCAUCUCUGGCGUCACAGCUGGAGGAGAAGGGCUAUGCAGGCAUUCAGAGCUAG